UGCCUCCCCCCCACCCCCCUGGGGCUCUAGCUACCUCUCCUCCGCCUGCUUGCCGGCCCCCCGGUUCCUCUGGGGCUAUAGCGACCCCCACCCCCUACCUACCUCAUAGGUGUUGGGACUAAGGGUUCUGGGGAGGGGUACGGCAGCACCACCUGGUUUUAAGUGGUUUCCAUCGUUUACAACAGUGGUUCUCAAGAGUGGUCUGUGGAUAGUUCCCUCUAAGGGGCGUGCCUGGGUGGCCACACACCUAAUUAGUGGAGCCCCGCAAGUAUGAUUACACUAAAUAGGUGCCUGGACCCACCCUGGAGAAGACACAUGUAAGUGUGCAGGAGGCACUGGGAGAGAGAGAGAGGAGAUGAUCAGCGGGGUCGCUGGCGGGCGGGCGGUGCUGAAGGGAGGAGAGCUUGGCUGCCGGUGUAAACAUUGAAGCACACACCUAGUAGAACUCUGUAAGAUUUCAUUUUGUUCAGCCAGUAGCAUGAGCUGGGAUGACUUACGUUGCAAAGAAGUGUGGCAUUCGCUUUCAGCCUCCAUCCGUUAUCCUGAUCUAUGAAGAUAAAAACAAGGAUAGAGCACGCCAGCGCAUCAUGCCUAUCCGAAACUUCUCCAAGUUCUCAGAUUGCAGCAGGGCUGCAGAACAGCUGAAGAAUAACCCUCGGCACAAGGCUUACCUACAAGGGGUCUCACUGCAGCAGCUACAGAAGUUAUACAGUUUGCUAAGAUGCCACUUGCAGGGAAAGAGUUUGGCCCAGAGCUUGGAGCAGAUUCAGCAAGAAGAGACCAUUGACCCAGAGGAGGACCUGAACAAACUAGAUGACAAGGAGCUGGCAAAAAGGAAGAGUAUCAUGGAUGAGCUGUUUGAAAAGAACAGGAAGAAGAAGGAUGACCCAGAUUUCACCUACAAUGUUGAGGUUGAGUUCCCACAAGAUGAUCAGCUGGAAUCCUGUGGCUGGGAUGCAGAGUCGGACAAUGAGUUCUGAUAAUGGACAAGGCCUCCUAGAUAAUCAGUAUGGAGAGAACGAACCCAUAUUUUCAUUACACAGAGAGCACAGUUACUGUGUCCAUGAUAUCGCAUCAGUCUACCAAGCUUGACUGACACUGUUUACAAGCCAUACAACUGAUGCAUUUUACAUUGGUAAAUAAGAGAUCGGUGCCUAUGGUGUUUUAGCAGUUUGGGGAAUAGACAAACAAUUUUUUAAGUCUUACGUGAAGCCUGAUAAAAAGGGACAUGGGGAUAUUAAAUUAUUUUUAAAGGGUUAGAUUUGUAGCUCUUAAGUAACUGAAAUAAUUUUAAAUCUGUCUUUAAGCAUUUGUUUGUCUACAUUUCAUUCAUGUUUGGCAAGGAAACUAGAUGGGUUAUUUUUGUUUCUAUUCAAUUUUAUUUUCGUCAUUAAAAUACAGUGUUAAAGUUGCAAAUCUUUGCAUCUAACUCAGGAGAAGAAACAUUCAGAUUCUUAUUGCAAAUGUAGUAUUUUGUUAUUAGUUAGGCUUUAACUGUCUUAAUAUAUACUCUAAACAAAUCAAUAUUGCAGUGAAAAUCUUACCUUUAGAUUUCUUGAGUUGUGUUUAAAUCCACAAUCUGUGUUCCAUGAAUGUACAUUUUUGUAUUUAAGAAAUAAAAUAUUUAGAAAACAGAUUAACCUUGGAGAUAUCAUUGACAUUUGCAGUGGGGGGAGAGAUAGGUCAGUGGCUUGAGCAUUGGC